AUGUGGGCAGGCUGCUGCAACUGGUUCUGCCUGGAUGGCUCACCCGAGGAGAUGCAGGCGCCGGCGCCGGGCGCAGCCCGAGCCUACUCCAACCCUGGGUACAGCUCCCACCCCUCUCCCAGCACCCCCGAGCAGAGCUGCGCCGCCUGCGGGGUGCCCCUCCACAGCUCCGUGGGCAAGAACGUCUGCUUGGACUGUAAGAAGAACUUCUGCACGUCCUGCUCGAGCCAGCCUGAGGCUGGUCCCCCCCUGUGCCACCUCUGCCAGCGCUUCCGAGCCACGGCCUUCCAGAGGGAGGAGCUGAUAAAGAUGAAGGUGAAGGAUCUGAGGGACUAUCUGGCACUCCACGAGGUCUCCACAGAGCUGUGUCGUGAAAAGGAGGACCUGGUGUUUCUGAUAAUUGGCCAGCAGCCUGUCAUUACCCAGGAAGAUCAGAUAAGAACAAACCCAUUUAAUACGAGUGCCUCUGGACAGCAAGACUUUGUAAUUCUCCCACCGACCAGCACAGCAUCUUCUACCUCACUUGAUGAGUCUCCAGUGUCUGCAGAUCCCAUCUUGAGCUCACUAGCUCAGGAACAUGAACAGGCAAAUGGUUACGUGCCUCCAAGCCCAGCUGCUGUGACAGGAGGUGAGAAUGCAGCAGAAGCACCAGUGGAGGAGGAGACCCAGUCCACGGACUCGGAGGAUAACCUGGUGCAGGGGAGGAAGGCUUCUCUCUCUGACCUGAGGAGCGUCGGGGACAUCAGCGCGCUCUCCGUGCGGCAGCUGAAGGAGAUUCUCGCUCGCAACUUCGUCAACUACAAAGGCUGCUGUGAGAAGUGGGAGCUGCUGGAGAGGGUGACUCGUCUUUACAAGGAGAAGGACCUUCAACAUCUAGUUUCUGACACUGAUGAUCAAACUGGGGCUGCUGGGUUCCCUGGCACCGAGGACAACCUCUGCAAGAUCUGCAUGGACGCCCCCAUCGACUGCGUGCUGCUGGAGUGUGGGCACAUGGUCACCUGCACCAGGUGUGGGAAGCGGAUGAGCGAGUGUCCCAUCUGCCGGCAGUACGUCAUCCGCGCCGUCCACGUCUUCAGGUCCUAG